UCCACCUGGCUUACCUUCUCCUUCUCCAGCUUCUACAUACUCUUACUUUCUCUUUCUCCCAAAACACUGCACUCCUUUUUGAGAUUGGCGUUGAAGCUCUAUUCUAAGAAGCUUUGAUAUUGAAAAUGGCCACCGAGCUCCCCACCACCAAUGGCCAUGCCACCCAGGACGAGAACAACUAUGCUGUCAAGGCUGGACUGGCGAGGAUGCUGAAGGGCGGAGUCAUUAUGGAUGUUGUCAAUGCUGAGCAGGCACGCAUCGCAGAAGAAGCCGGCGCCUCCGCCGUCAUGGCCCUUGAGCGCGUACCUGCAGAUAUCCGAGUCGAGGGGGGCGUGGCCCGGAUGUCCGAUCCCAAGAUGAUCAAGGAGAUCAUGGACACCGUCACGAUCCCCGUCAUGGCGAAGGCGAGAAUAGGACACUUCGUGGAAUGCCAGAUCCUCGAAGCCCUCGGCGUCGACUACAUUGACGAAUCCGAAGUCCUCACCCCCGCCGACGCCGUUCACCACGUCGACAAGCACCCCUUCAAGAUCCCCUUCGUGUGCGGCUGCCGCAACCUGGGCGAAGCCCUCCGCCGCAUCUCCGAAGGCGCCGCCAUGAUCCGCACAAAAGGCGAAGCCGGCACAGGCGACGUCAUCGAGGCCGUCCGCCAUCAGCGACAAGUCUCCGCGGACAUCGCGCGGGCCAAGGGCAUGAGCGACGAGGAGCUCCGCAUCAUGGCGAAGGAGAUCGGCGCUGACUUCGCGCUGCUGAAAGAGACGGCGAAGCUGGGCAGGUUGCCGGUGGUCAAUUUCGCGGCGGGCGGGGUGGCGACGCCGGCGGAUGCGGCGCUGAUGAUGCAGUUGGGAUGUGACGGGGUGUUUGUGGGGAGUGGCAUCUUCAAGAGUGGGGAUGCGGCGAAGAGGGCGAGGGCAAUCGUGCAGGCGGUCACGCACUUUAGGGACCCGAAGGUGUUGGUUGAGGUGAGUAUGGAUCUGGGAGAGGCGAUGGUGGGAAUUAACACGGCGACGAUGAAGGAGCAGGAGAGAUUGGCUAAGAGGGGAUGGUGAGUUACCUCACAUAAAAGUCAAUGCAGUGGGAAUCAGUGGGAAUAGGGCUAUCGUUUGACCGACUGAAGACAUGCUAGCUGGGGUACUCCUGACAGUGGUAAGGAGUGAGCAAAAGUGAAGUCCGACCAGCGAGAUAUCCGCGUGCCUAAACGUACGACCUAGCACAGUAACAUAUUUUGGCACGGGGUAAAUACUACAAGGAACUAUACGGGUCAGCUUGGAGAAAUAGUGGUCAAGGAAAAGGACAGCAUACUUCAAAGAACAACUUACUGAAUCACUUGCUCUUUGCCCGCACCAUCAUUUGGCCGGUAGCUUAGUUCCUCUUGCAUCCUUUUCGGCCCUUCUGUACAUCAUCAAUCAUUGUCGAGGAGACGAAGGUUUUGGAAUCUGGAAAAAGAAAUCUGCAAUGCGAUCUUCCCUUUUUGCUUCUCUAAUAAAACCGCUACAAUCAC